AUAUGAGGAAGCAGCCUAAGCCAACGUUGAAAAUGUUCAUCUUCAAAUUCAAUAUCUUCUUGGUGUUAACAACUACUUGUACAGGUUUAUCAGGUGUAACUAUUAAUUGUCCAACCGUAUGCACUUGCAAAGACUUUAAAGUUAAAUGCACUGUAAAAAAAUGGAAUCGCGGGAUAGUCGAUCCUUCAUUGAAAUACCUGAGUUUAUCCGGUAACGCUAUAAUUUAUCUAAAGGUGGAUGCUUUCAGUGAUCUGACAAGUCUGAAUAUAUUGGAUUUGUCUUCGAACAAAAUAUAUUUUCCAUGGGUGUCACCACUAUCCUACCCACAUAGUUCUAUGUUUAUUUCCUUUGAACUGUUCCGUCAUAUUCCAGAAACACCAAGUGCCUUCAGAUAUUUAAGAAAUCUUCAAAUUUUGAAUUUGCAUCGUAAUGAAAUAACUGUAAUGGGACAAUCUUUCUUCAUUGGUUCGAUCAGUCUUAAAACAUUGGAUUUGAAUCGCAAUAAGUUACAGGGUAUCGAUCUAGGCGUCUUCAAUGGCCUGACAAGUCUGCAAAAAUUGCACUUGUCUUGGAACAAAAUAAAUGCUCUACCUAGAGGUGUCUUCAGUAGUUUGAGAAGUCUUAAAACUUUGGAUUUACAUAAUAAUGAAAUAACUGGAUUACAGCAAGGACUCUUCAAUGAAUUGACCAGUCUUGAAACACUGGAUUUGUCAUCGAAUAUCAUAGCUUAUCUGCGGCAAAAUGCUUUCAAAAAUUUGGCAAGACUUCAAACGUUGGAUUUGUAUGAUAACAUAAUAACUGAUAUAGAACAAGGUGCCUUUAAUAGUUUGACAAGCCUUAAAACAUUGGUUUUGUCCCGUAACGCUAUAACUAAUAUAAAGCAAGGCGCCUUCAAUGGUUUGACAAGUCUUCAAUCUUUGCACUUGUGUUGGAACAAAAUAACUUAUCUUCAGCAAGGUACCUUCAAUAAUUUGACAAGUCUUCAAACGUUGCACUUGUGUUGGAACAAAAUAGCUUAUCUGCAGCAAGGUGCCUUCAAUGGUUUGAAAAGUCUUCAAUUUUUGGAUCUGUCUGAUAACACAAUAAGUAAGAUAACGAAAAGUGCUUUCAGUGGUCUGACAAGUAUUCGAAAGUUAGAUCUGCAAAAUAACGUGUUAAGUUACUACAAACCUGAUUCAUUUAAAGGACUUACUUCUCUUGAAACUUUAUUAUCGGAUGAGUUUAGUAUCUGCUGUAUUAAGGAACAUGUUCCCAAUUGCAAGCCAAAUGUUGAUCAGUUUUCCUCUUGUAAAGAUCUUUUAAAAAGAGAAGCUUUGCGAAUCCUGAUGUUCAUUCUUGGAAUAUCUGCCUUCAUCGGCAACUUAUGUGUUGUCAUACUGCGUCUGGUGGAAAAUGAAUUUAAUGUCCAAACCAUAUUCAUAACUAAUCUUGCAGUUUCUGAUUUGUUGAUGUCGGUUUACAUGAUAAUCAUAGCAGGAGCUGACCAAUACUACAGAGGGGUGUACUCAAUGUUUUCAGGAGCUUGGAAAUCAAGUUUCCUUUGCAGUUUUGCUGGGGCUAUCGCCACAUUAUCCAGCGAAUGCUCGGUAUUCAUCUUGAUGCUUAUGAGUGUUGACCGUGCAGUUACCAUAGCUUAUCCGUUCAGUAACAUCCGGUUCAAUCGUAAAAGGUGCAUUAUAACUAUCGGUAUUACCUGGCUGGCCAUUAUUUUUAUCAGUUUCCUCCCGAUGUUCAGCCGUCUAAGCUUCAUUAACAUACCGUAUUUCGGAGAUAACUACUAUGGACGACAAAGUGUGUGUCUGGCGCUACCGCUAGCAGGAGACCGACUGCCAGGCUGGGAAUACGCCAUAGCGAUCUUUCUCGCCUUCAACCUUUUCGGAUUCGUCGUCAUCGCCUCGAGUUAUAUUUCUAUGUACAUAUCAGUAAAGCGAACAGCGUCGAGAGCUAAUAGAAGUCAGGUGCGCUCAGAGGAGAUAAAGAUGGCAACCAAGAUGGCAAUGAUCGUCCUAACCGAUUUCUGUUGCUGGUUUCCAAUUAUAUUGAUGGGAAUUGGAUCCGAGGCUGGUGUCUGGAUGCUCCCAGACGACAUAUACGCCUGGUCAGCGACCUUUAUUUUGCCUAUUAACUCCUCUCUCAACCCUUACCUUUACACAAUCGCUUAUAAAUUUAAAAGAAAGUCAUCGGCACAGGUCGCGAAAGUAAUGCCUUUAGUCCGGUCCAGACUCUCAUCGCCGUAGGGCCGUUGUCCCCCGGUCUGUUGCCACCCACUAUGUCUUGGCAUUAAGCCCAUUUGCUCUUGAAUUCCUUACCACUAGCUGUUAUGAUCAUUGUCAUCUGCCAAGUUGCCACCCCUUCCCGUUUUUGCCAGCCCCUAUGCACCAUUGGCAGCUGAACGAUUUACAUGUUGGGUAGACCUGGUAAGCACAUUGCAAAUGGAGCGAAAAACUGGCUCGAGGCUAAGGGCCCCGCCAGAAGUUCAAUGGACGAAAAUCCUGGAAACGUUUGUACGUUCUGGAAUACCAGA